AUGGAAUCCAUGUCAGUCCUGAACCCCGAGGUUCCACUCUCGAAUCCCGCAUCCACGAGCGAUGGAUCCCCGAACCCCUCGAUCUUGGUGCCCGACACAACACCACCUGCUUCCCGCGAUUCACCGAACACCACCUCCUCGGCGACCAGUGAAGCCCGCCCGACUCAACCGCCGACCACCCCGGCAGCAUGUCUAGGUUGCCGGAGCAAGCACCUCAAGUGCGACGGGCAGAACCCUUGCGGUCGCUGCAGAGCGUCCGAGUCGGAAUGCGUCUACGUAGCGUCCCGCCGCGGCUACAAGGGACCGCGACGAGGCACCGCCGCCAACCCGAACAAACGAGCUCGAUCCUCGUCACCGCCCACGUCCACCGUCAGCAUUGGCGACAGCUGUCCCAUGCUGCUGGGAGCAAUUACCUCCGCUGCCAUGCCGGUCUCAAUGGCUCCCUACGCUCUUGGCGGUCCGGUAUUGCCCAACACGCCUCAAGCGGCAUAUGCAGGCACGCCGCAUCUCAGCGAUAUCCACAAUCUGCAGCUCUACCGGCCCUUCGGUAACCCCAAUGGCUAUCAAUCGAACCAGCUGAGCCUGAGCCACCAUGGCGGCUUAAUCCCGACGCAGGGACCUGUCCAAAACCCCGCCGAGCGUUGCCUCGACUCCUUUUACCGACAUUUUCAUGCCGGUCACCCCUUCGUCUUGCCAAAAGAAUGGCUGUUCCGCGUUCUUGGAGAUGCGGAUAUCGAGCCCCUCCUGGCUGCCAUGCGCUGGGUGGGAUCCCUCUUUGUCGAUGUUGGGCCAGCCCGCGCGGCCUUCUUCGAGGAAGCUAUGCGUCUCGUGCAAGAUCCUUCCACGAAGAAGGAUGGUUUCCUUGUCCAGGCAAUUACGCUCCUCAUCGUAGGCACCGACGGCAGCUGCCAGCAGGAGAAGGCUCGGCAGCUGCUUGCUGAUGCCGAGCGCAUCGCCCUCGAGAUUGAGCUCAACACCCGCGCAUACGCCACCGUGCACGGGCGCGGAAUACCGAUAUUGGAGGAAAGCUGGCGGAGAACGUGGUGGGACUUGUACGUCGUAGAUGGCAUGGUGGCUGGCGUACACCGACAGACGAAUUUUCUGCUGUUCGACGUUCCUGCAGACGUUGGCCUGCCUUGCGAGGAGCAUCAGUUCCUGUCUGGCAAUAUCCCGCAGCCCAUGUAUCUCGAAGACCUUGAAGACCGCGAGUUUUCGGGCGAGACACGUGAAUUUUCUUCAUUCUCCUACCGCAUUGCCGCGGGUCGCAAUCUAGGAAAAUUCAUGCGAGUCCCGACUAUCUUUGGCCCAGAGGAUGAGAAUUUGGCCCGUAUAGAGGCGUUGUUGACAAAUUGGAGGAUGCACCUACCGCCUGCCAAGCGCGAUGCGCUCAGCCAAAAGUUGCAGUCUGAUGAGAUGAUCUUCCAGGCUAGCAUGAUGACACAUGCAACCUCUAUCAUGCUGCACCAGCCGCACUCCCAGCUCGACUCGUCUCCGACCCGUUCCGUUACGUCUUGUGCGCCUCAUCGCCCGGUGCCGUCGGGAGAUUAUUUCAAUGCCCACACGAACCACACUGUAACCUCAGCCGCCGAAAUCAGCAAGAUGAUUACCCACCGUGUCCCCCUGAUAUCGCACACUCACUUCUUCACCUGCGUUAUCACACUUUCGUCCAUCGUCCAUCUCAGUCGAUGGGCCCUCAUUUACAUCCCUCAUGACGACGACGAGCUGCGUCAGCAGUUGCGGCUCAAUAUUGGUGCGCUCAGCGAGCUUUCCGGGGUUUGGAGAGCAGCUGAUACAGCCUCAGGGCAGGUCAAGGGCGUGGCGCAGGAGAUUUACCGCGCGAAGAAGGCCUCACAGAUCAACCCUGGAUACUGGACUGGGUACAGUUCCGAAGAAGUCAUGACGAGCAUUGCUACAGAUGAGACCAUUAUGAAUGAGAUAGAGGUCGGACUGCCGACAGGUAUGCCCUCUAUGGAUGGGAUUUGA